AAUGAGAGGGAAAUAUGUGUAGACUGAAAAAUAACAUAUUUUUAUUUCUUUAGCCGCCAGAACCCAAAUUCAGUGCUCGCUUCCUCCUUUCUUUCUCACGCAUAUUUCGUUCAAUUCAUUACCUCUUAGUGAAAGUAGCCGACGUUCUUCCAUCAGAAACUUCCUCUCUCGUCGGCCAAAAGUAAGGGAACACUUUUUCUCUUGGUUUUGGAGCUCAAAGAUGUUAUACAUUAUUGGCCUUGGAUUGGGGGAUGAGAGGGACAUUACUCUAAAAGGUUUAGAUGCAGUGAAGAAAUGUGAGAAGGUGUACAUCGAGGUCUAUACGUCUCUUCUAUCCUUCGGUCUUUCUACGGAUGGCUUAUCCACUUUGGAGAAAUUGUAUGGGAAACCGAUUAUACUUGCGGAUAGAGAAAUGGUUGAAGAAAAAGUAGAUAAUAUUCUGUUAGAGGCUCGUGGAUCCGAUGUUGCUUUCCUUGUUGUUGGUGAUCCUUUCGGAGCCACAACACACACUGAUCUUGUUGUUCGAGCAAAGACAAUGAUGGUUGAUGUUAAGGUAGUGCAUAAUGCAUCUGUGAUGAAUGCAAUCGGAAUUUGUGGAUUGCAGCUAUAUCGUUAUGGGGAGACAGUUUCGAUACCAUUCUUUACCGAAACAUGGAGGCCUGAUAGCUUUUACGAGAAAAUUGAAAGAAACCGCAAUCUUGGAUUGCACACACUCUGCCUUUUAGAUAUUCGUGUAAAGGAACCAACAUUGGAAUCAUUGUGCAGGGGAAGAAAGCAAUAUGAACCACCGAGGUUCAUGACGAUAAACACUGCCAUCGAUCAGCUCUUGGAGGUUGAACAAAAGCAUGGUAAAUCUGCAUACGAUGAAGACACGAACUGUGUUGGGUUUGCUCGACUGGGAAGCGAGGAUCAGAUGAUAGUUGCAGGCACAAUGAGACAACUUUGUACAGUCAAUUUUGGGGAACCUUUACAUUGCCUUGUCAUAGUAGGCAAGACUCAUCCGGUGGAAGACGAAAUGUUGGAGUUCUACAAGAUAAGAACCGAGAAUCCAGAACAGAAAGGCAACGGGAUCGCGUGAAUCUUCCUCCUGGUGUGGAUUCAUAGGUUACUGUUUCUUUUGAAAUCUAUAUCGAGCCUUGCUUUUAUUUGGUUCCGGAAAAAAACAAUUUUACAGUAUUGAUUCUCGUGCAUGUUUGUGGAUUGAGACCAAUAUAUAGCUUGGUCUUUAUCUACAUUUUUGAUGUCUGGAAAUGAAAAUGGAACACAUUUUGAACUGUGUUAUAUCAGUUUGGACUGAUUUGUAAUACUUUUUACUCGUAUUUAUUUUCUAGAGGUGUGUUAGUUUUCCUUUUAUUGAAGAA